AUGAUUUCUGCUGGUUAUCACAUUUGCUCAGCUCCAGAGGCAGUUGAAUGUAGAGCAAAACAAUACCCUGGACUUCAGAUCUCUCAGCUUGGCCAAGACGUGACUUGCAAUCCAUCCGUUGGACUGAUUUGUCAAAACAAUAAGCAAGGUCUUCAGCAAAAGUGCUUUGAUUACGAGAUUCGAGUGAAAUGUUGUCAAUGUGGAACCACAACACACAUCCCCACCACCACAACAACAACAGUUCCUCAUAUCACUACUCCUACACCCACUACUACAACCUCAACAUCGACAGCUCCACCUACAACAAAAACAACAACUCAGACUCCCAGCUCUAGUACGACUCCAACCACUACUCCUACAUCAACCUCAACUGGAGUAACACCUACCCAAUGCAGUGGUGAAGAAAAAUGUGUGUGGUCAGACUGGAUCAACCUUGGUCAGCCAACGACUGGCUCUGAAGGUGGAGAUAAUGAAUCCAUUAAGAACAUCAUUUCUGCUGGUUAUCACAUUUGCUCAGCUCCAGAGGCAGUUGAAUGUAGAGCAAAACAAUACCCUGGACUUCAGAUCUCUCAGCUUGGCCAAGACGUGACUUGCAACCCAUCCGUUGGACUGAUUUGUCAAAACAAUAAGCAAGGUCUUCAGCAAAAGUGCUUUGAUUACGAGAUUCGAGUGAAAUGUUGUCAAUGUGGAACCAUAACACACAUCCCCACCACCACAACAACAACAGUUCCUCAUAUCACUACUCCUACACCCACUACUACAACCUCAACAUCGACAGCUCCACCUACAACAAAAUCAACAACUCAGACUCCCAGCUCUAGUACGACUCCAACCACUACUCCUACAUCAACCUCAACAGGAGUAACACCUACCCAAUGCAGUGGUGAAGAAAAAUGUGUUUGGUCAGACUGGAUCAACCUUGGUCAGCCAACGACUGGCUCUGAAGGUGGAGAUAAUGAAUCCAUUAAGAACAUCAUUUCUGCUGGUUAUCACAUUUGCUCAGCUCCAGAGGCAGUUGAAUGUAGAGCAAAACAAUACCCUGGACUUCAGAUCUCUCAGCUUGGCCAAGACGUGACUUGCAACCCAUCCGUUGGACUGAUUUGUCAAAACAAUAAGCAAGGUCUUCAGCAAAAGUGCUUUGAUUACGAGAUUCGAGUGAAAUGUUGUCAAUGUGGAACCAUAACACACAUCCCCACCACCACAACAACAACAGUUCCUCAUAUCACUACUCCUACACCCACUACUACAACCUCAACAUCGACAGCUCCACCUACAACAAAAACAACAACUCAGACUCCCAGCUCUAGUACGACUCCAACCACUACUCCUACAUCAACCUCAACAGGAGUAACACCUACCCAAUGCAGUGGUGAAGAAAAAUGUGUUUGGUCAGACUGGAUCAACCUUGGACAGCCAACGACUGGCUCUGAAGGUGGAGAUAAUGAAUCCAUUAAGAACAUCAUUUCUGCUGGUUAUCACAUUUGCUCAGCUCCAGAGGCAGUUGAAUGUAGAGCAAAACAAUACCCUGGACUUCAGAUCUCUCAGCUUGGCCAAGACGUGACUUGCAACCCAUCCGUUGGACUGAUUUGUCAAAACAAUAAGCAAGGUCUUCAGCAAAAGUGCUUUGAUUACGAGAUUCGAGUGAAAUGUUGUCAAUGUGGAACCAUAACACACAUCCCCACCACCACAACAACAACAGUUUCUCAUAUCACUACUCCUACACCCACUACUACAACCUCAACAUCGACAGCUCCACCUACAACAAAAUCAACAACUCAGACUCCCAGCUCUAGUACGACUCCAACCACUACUCCUACAUCAACCUCAACGGGAGUAACACCUACCCAAUGCAGUGGUGAAGAAAAAUGUGUUUGGUCAGACUGGAUCAACCUUGGUCAGCCAACGACUGGCUCUGAAGGAGGAGAUAAUGAAUCCAUUAAGAACAUCAUUUCUGCUGGUUAUCACAUUUGCUCAGCUCCAGAGGCAGUUGAAUGUAGAGCAAAACAAUACCCUGGACUUCAGAUCUCUCAGCUUGGCCAAGACGUGACUUGCAACCCAUCCGUUGGACUGAUUUGUAAAAACAAUAAGCAAGGUCUUCAGCAAAAGUGCUUUGAUUACGAGAUUCGAGUGAAAUGUUGUCAAUGUGGAACCAUAACACACAUCCCCACCACCACAACAACAACAGUUCCUCAUAUCACUACUCCUACACCCACUACUACAACCUCAACAUCGACAGCUCCACCUACAACAAAAUCAACAACUCAGACUCCCAGCUCUAGUACGACUCCAACCACUACUCCUACAUCAACCUCAACAGGAGUAACACCUACCCAAUGCAGUGGUGAAGAAAAAUGUGUUUGGUCAGACUGGAUCAACCUUGGUCAGCCAACGACUGGCUCUGAAGGUGGAGAUAAUGAAUCCAUUAAGAACAUCAUUUCUGCUGGUUAUCACAUUUGCUCAGCUCCAGAGGCAGUUGAAUGUAGAGCAAAACAAUACCCUGGACUUCAGAUCUCUCAGCUUGGCCAAGACGUGACUUGCAACCCAUCCGUUGGACUGAUUUGUCAAAACAAUAAGCAAGGUCUUCAGCAAAAGUGCUUUGAUUACGAGAUUCGAGUGAAAUGUUGUCAAUGUGGAACCAUAACACACAUCCCCACCACCACAACAACAACAGUUUCUCAUAUCACUACUCCUACACCCACUACUACAACCUCAACAUCGACAGCUCCACCUACAACAAAAACAACAACUCAGACUCCCAGCUCUAGUACGACUCCAACCACUACUCCUACAUCAACCUCAACUGGAGUAACACCUACCCAAUGCAGUGGUGAAGAAAAAUGUGUGUGGUCAGACUGGAUCAACCUUGGUCAGCCAACGACUGGCUCUGAAGGUGGAGAUAAUGAAUCCAUUAAGAACAUGAUUUCUGCUGGUUAUCACAUUUGCUCAGCUCCAGAGGCAGUUGAAUGUAGAGCAAAACAAUACCCUGGACUUCAGAUCUCUCAGCUUGGCCAAGACGUGACUUGCAAUCCAUCCGUUGGACUGAUUUGUCAAAACAAUAAGCAAGGUCUUCAGCAAAAGUGCUUUGAUUACGAGAUUCGAGUGAAAUGUUGUCAAUGUGGAACCACAACACACAUCCCCACCACCACAACAACAACAGUUCCUCUCACUAUCACUACUCCUACACCCACUACUACAACCUCAACAUCGACAGCUCCACCUACAACAAAAACAACAACUCAGACUCCCAGCUCUACUCUAGUACGACUCCAACCACUACAUCCUACCUCAACUGGAGUAACACCUACCCAAUGCAGCGGUGAAGAAAAAUGUGUGUGGUCAGACUGGAUCAACCUUGGUCAGCCAACGACUGGCUCUGAAGGUGGAGAUAAUGAAUCCAUUAAGAACAUCAUUUCUGCUGGUUAUCACAUUUGCUCAGCUCCAGAGGCAGUUGAAUGUAGAGCAAAACAAUACCCUGGACUUCAGAUCUCACAGCUUGGCCAAGACGUGACUUGCAAUCCAUCCGUUGGACUGAUUUGUAAAAACAAUAAGCAAGGUCUUCAGCAAAAGUGCUUUGAUUACGAGAUUCGAGUGAAAUGUUGUCAAUGUGGAACCACAACACACAUCCCCACCACCACAACAACAACAGUUCCUCAUAUCACUACUCCUACACCCACUACUACAACCUCAACAUCGACAGCUCCACCUACAACAAAAACAACAACUCAGACUCCCAGCUCUAGUACGACUCCAACCACUACUCCUACAUCAACCUCAACUGGAGUAACACCUACCCAAUGCAGCGGUGAAGAAAAAUGUGUGUGGUCAGACUGGAUCAACCUUGGUCAGCCAAAGACUGGCUCUGAAGGUGGAGAUAAUGAAUCCAUUAAGAACAUAAUUUCCGCUGGUUAUCACAUUUGCUCAGCUCCAGAGGCAGUUGACUGUAGAGCAAAACAAUACCCUGGACUUCAGAUCUCACAGCUUGGCCAAGACGUGACUUGCAAUCCAUCCGUUGGACUGAUUUGUAAAAACAAUAAGCAAGGUCUUCAGCAAAAGUGCUUUGAUUACGAGAUUCGAGUGAAAUGUUGUCAAUGUGGAACCAUAACACACAUCCCCACCACCACAACAACAACAGUUCCUCAUAUCACUACUCCUACACCCACUACUACAACCUCAACAUCGACAGCUCCACCUACAACAAAAACAACAACUCAGACUCCCAGCUCUAGUACGACUCCAACCACUACUCCUACAUCAACCUCAACUGGAGUAACACCUACCCAAUGCAGCGGUGAAGAAAAAUGUGUGUGGUCAGACUGGAUCAACCUUGGUCAGCCAACGACUGGCUCUGAAGGUGGAGAUAAUGAAUCCAUUAAGAACAUAAUUUCUGCUGGUUAUCACAUUUGCUCAGCUCCAGAGGCAGUUGAAUGUAGAGCAAAACAAUACCCUGGACUUCAGAUCUCUCAGCUUGGCCAAGACGUGACUUGCAACCCAUCCGUUGGACUGAUUUGUCAAAACAAUAAGCAAGGUCUUCAGCAAAAGUGCUUUGAUUACGAGAUUCGAGUGAAAUGUUGUCAAUGUGGAACCAUAACACACAUCCCCACCACCACAACAACAACAGUUCCUCAUAUCACUACUCCUACACCCACUACUACAACCUCAACAUCGACAGCUCCACCUACAACAAAAACAACAACUCAGACUCCCAGCUCUAGUACGACUCCAACCACUACUCCUACAUCAACCUCAACUGGAGUAACACCUACCCAAUGCAGCGGUGAAGAAAAAUGUGUGUGGUCAGACUGGAUCAACCUUGGUCAGCCAACGACUGGCUCUGAAGGUGGAGAUAAUGAAUCCAUUAAGAACAUAAUUUCUGCUGGUUAUCACAUUUGCUCAGCUCCAGAGGCAGUUGAAUGUAGAGCAAAACAAUACCCUGGACUUCAGAUCUCACAGCUUGGCCAAGACGUGACUUGCAAUCCAUCCGUUGGACUGAUUUGUAAAAACAAUAAGCAAGGUCUUCAGCAAAAGUGCUUUGAUUACGAGAUUCGAGUGAAAUGUUGUCAAUGUGGAACCACAACACACAUCCCCACCACCACAACAACAACAGUUCCUCAUAUCACUACUCCUACACCCACUACUACAACCUCAACAUCGACAGCUCCACCUACAACAAAAACAACAACUCAGACUCCCAGCUCUAGUACGACUCCAACCACUACUCCUACAUCAACCUCAACUGGAGUAACACCUACCCAAUGCAGCGGUGAAGAAAAAUGUGUGUGGUCAGACUGGAUCAACCUUGGUCAGCCAACGACUGGCUCUGAAGGUGGAGAUAAUGAAUCCAUUAAGAACAUAAUUUCUGCUGGUUAUCACAUUUGCUCAGCUCCAGAGGCAGUUGAAUGUAGAGCAAAACAAUACCCUGGACUUCAGAUCUCUCAGCUUGGCCAAGACGUGACUUGCAACCCAUCCGUUGGACUGAUUUGUCAAAACAAUAAGCAAGGUCUUCAGCAAAAGUGCUUUGAUUACGAGAUUCGAGUGAAAUGUUGUCAAUGUGGAACCAUAACACACAUCCCCACCACCACAACAACAACAGUUCCUCAUAUCACUACUCCUACACCCACUACUACAACCUCAACAUCGACAGCUCCACCUACAACAAAAACAACAACUCAGACUCCCAGCUCUAGUACGACUCCAACCACUACUCCUACAUCAACCUCAACUGGAGUAACACCUACCCAAUGCAGCGGUGAAGAAAAAUGUGUGUGGUCAGACUGGAUCAACCUUGGUCAGCCAACGACUGGCUCUGAAGGUGGAGAUAAUGAAUCCAUUAAGAACAUAAUUUCUGCUGGUUAUCACAUUUGCUCAGCUCCAGAGGCAGUUGAAUGUAGAGCAAAACAAUACCCUGGACUUCAGAUCUCUCAGCUUGGCCAAGACGUGACUUGCAACCCAUCCGUUGGACUGAUUUGUCAAAACAAUAAGCAAGGUCUUCAGCAAAAGUGCUUUGAUUACGAGAUUCGAGUGAAAUGUUGUCAAUGUGGAACCAUAACACACAUCCCCACCACCACAACAACAACAGUUCCUCAUAUCACUACUCCUACACCCACUACUACAACCUCAACAUCGACAGCUCCACCUACAACAAAAACAACAACUCAGACUCCCAGCUCUAGUACGACUCCAACCACUACUCCUACAUCAACCUCAACUGGAGUAACACCUACCCAAUGCAGUGGUGAAGAAAAAUGUGUGUGGUCAGACUGGAUCAACCUUGGUCAGCCAACGACUGGCUCUGAAGGUGGAGAUAAUGAAUCCAUUAAGAACAUCAUUUCUGCUGGUUAUCACAUUUGCUCAGCUCCAGAGGCAGUUGAAUGUAGAGCAAAACAAUACCCUGGACUUCAGAUCUCUCAGCUUGGCCAAGACGUGACUUGCAACCCAUCCGUUGGACUGAUUUGUCAAAACAAUAAGCAAGGUCUUCAGCAAAAGUGCUUUGAUUACGAGAUUCGAGUGAAAUGUUGUCAAUGUGGAACCAUAACACACAUCCCCACCACCACAACAACAACAGUUCCUCAUAUCACUACUCCUACACCCACUACUACAACCUCAACAUCGACAGCUCCACCUACAACAAAAACAACAACUCAGACUCCCAGCUCUAGUACGACUCCAACCACUACUCCUACAUCAACCUCAACUGGAGUAACACCUACCCAAUGCAGCGGUGAAGAAAAAUGUGUGUGGUCAGACUGGAUCAACCUUGGUCAGCCAACGACUGGCUCUGAAGGUGGAGAUAAUGAAUCCAUUAAGAACAUAAUUUCUGCUGGUUAUCACAUUUGCUCAGCUCCAGAGGCAGUUGAAUGUAGAGCAAAACAAUACCCUGGACUUCAGAUCUCUCAGCUUGGCCAAGACGUGACUUGCAACCCAUCCGUUGGACUGAUUUGUCAAAACAAUAAGCAAGGUCUUCAGCAAAAGUGCUUUGAUUACGAGAUUCGAGUGAAAUGUUGUCAAUGUGGAACCAUAACACACAUCCCCACCACCACAACAACAACAGUUCCUCAUAUCACUACUCCUACACCCACUACCACAACCUCAACAUCGACAGCUCCACCAACAACAAAAACAACAACUCAGACUCCCAACUCUAGUACGACUCCAACCACUACUCCUACAUCAACCUCAACUGGAGUAACACCUACCCAAUGCAGCGGUGAAGAAAAAUGUGUGUGGUCAGACUGGAUCAACCUUGGUCAGCCAACGACUGGCUCUGAAGGUGGAGAUAAUGAAUCCAUUAAGAACAUAAUUUCUGCUGGUUAUCACAUUUGCUCAGCUCCAGAGGCAGUUGAAUGUAGAGCAAAACAAUACCCUGGACUUCAGAUCUCUCAGCUUGGCCAAGACGUGACUUGCAACCCAUCCGUUGGACUGAUUUGUCAAAACAAUAAGCAAGGUCUUCAGCAAAAGUGCUUUGAUUACGAGAUUCGAGUGAAAUGUUGUCAAUGUGGAACCAUAACACACAUCCCCACCACCACAACAACAACAGUUCCUCAUAUCACUACUCCUACACCCACUACCACAACCUCAACAUCGACAGCUCCAACUACAACAAAAACAACAACUCAGAAUCCCAGCUCUAGUACGACUCCAACCACUACUCCUACAUCAACCUCAACUGGAGUAACACCUACCCAAUGCAGUGGUGAAGAAAAAUGUGUGUGGUCAGACUGGAUCAACCUUGGUCAGCCAACGACUGGCUCUGAAGGUGGAGAUAUUGAAUCCAUUAAGAACAUCAUUUCUGCUGGUUAUCACAUUUGCUCAGCUCCAGAGGCAGUUGAAUGUAGAGCAAAACAAUACCCUGGACUUCAGAUCUCACAGCUUGGCCAAGACGUGACUUGCAAUCCAUCCGUUGGACUGAUUUGUCAAAACAAUAAGCAAGGUCUUCAGCAAAAGUGCUUUGAUUACGAGAUUCGAGUGAAAUGUUGUCAAUGUGGAACCAUAACACACAUCCCCACCACCACAACAACAACAGUUCCUCAUAUCACUACUCCUACACCCACUACUACAACCUCAACAUCGACAGCUCCACCUACAACAAAAACAACAACUCAGACUCCCAGCUCUAGUACGACUCCAACCACUACUCCUACAUCAACCUCAACUGGAGUAACACCUACCCAAUGCAGCGGUGAAGAAAAAUGUGUGUGGUCAGACUGGAUCAACCUUGGUCAGCCAACGACUGGCUCUGAAGGUGGAGAUAAUGAAUCCAUUAAGAACAUAAUUUCUGCUGGUUAUCACAUUUGCUCAGCUCCAGAGGCAGUUGAAUGUAGAGCAAAACAAUACCCUGGACUUCAGAUCUCUCAGCUUGGCCAAGACGUGACUUGCAACCCAUCCGUUGGACUGAUUUGUCAAAACAAUAAGCAAGGUCUUCAGCAAAAGUGCUUUGAUUACGAGAUUCGAGUGAAAUGUUGUCAAUGUGGAACCAUAACACACAUCCCCACCACCACAACAACAACAGUUCCUCAUAUCACUACUCCUACACCCACUACCACAACCUCAACAUCGACAGCUCCACCUACAACAAAAACAACAACUCAGAAUCCCAGCUCUAGUACGACUCCAACCACUACUCCUACAUCAACCUCAACUGGAGUAACACCUACCCAAUGCAGUGGUGAAGAAAAAUGUGUGUGGUCAGACUGGAUCAACCUUGGUCAGCCAACGACUGGCUCUGAAGGUGGAGAUAAUGAAUCCAUUAAGAACAUCAUUUCUGCUGGUUAUCACAUUUGCUCAGCUCCAGAGGCAGUUGAAUGUAGAGCAAAACAAUACCCUGGACUUCAGAUCUCACAGCUUGGCCAAGACGUGACUUGCAAUCCAUCCGUUGGACUGAUUUGUCAAAACAAUAAGCAAGGUCUUCAGCAAAAGUGCUUUGAUUAUGAGAUUCGAGUGAAAUGUUGUCAAUGUGGAACCAUAACACACAUCCCCACCACCACAACAACAACAGUUCCUCAUAUCACUACUCCUACACCCACUACUACAACCUCAACAUCGACAGCUCCACCUACAACAAAAACAACAACUCAGACUCCCAGCUCUAGUACGACUCCAACCACUACUCCUACAUCAACCUCAACUGGAGUAACACCUACCCAAUGCAGCGGUGAAGAAAAAUGUGUGUGGUCAGACUGGAUCAACCUUGGUCAGCCAACGACUGGCUCUGAAGGUGGAGAUAAUGAAUCCAUUAAGAACAUCAUUUCUGCUGGUUAUCACAUUUGCUCAGCUCCAGAGGCAGUUGAAUGUAGAGCAAAACAAUACCCUGGACUUCAGAUCUCUCAGCUUGGCCAAGACGUGACUUGCAACCCAUCCGUUGGACUGAUUUGUCAAAACAAUAAGCAAGGUCUUCAGCAAAAGUGCUUUGAUUACGAGAUUCGAGUGAAAUGUUGUCAAUGUGGAACCAUAACACACAUCCCCACCACCACAACAACAACAGUUCCUCAUAUCACUACUCCUACACCCACUACCACAACCUCAACAUCGACAGCUCCAACUACAACAAAAACAACAACUCAGAAUCCCAGCUCUAGUACGACUCCAACCACUACUCCUACAUCAACCUCAACUGGAGUAACACCUACCCAAUGCAGUGGUGAAGAAAAAUGUGUGUGGUCAGACUGGAUCAACCUUGGUCAGCCAACGACUGGCUCUGAAGGUGGAGAUAUUGAAUCCAUUAAGAACAUCAUUUCUGCUGGUUAUCACAUUUGCUCAGCUCCAGAGGCAGUUGAAUGUAGAGCAAAACAAUACCCUGGACUUCAGAUCUCACAGCUUGGCCAAGACGUGACUUGCAAUCCAUCCGUUGGACUGAUUUGUCAAAACAAUAAGCAAGGUCUUCAGCAAAAGUGCUUUGAUUAUGAGAUUCGAGUGAAAUGUUGUCAAUGUGGAACCAUAACACACAUCCCCACCACCACAACAACAACAGUUCCUCAUAUCACUACUCCUACACCCACUACCACAACCUCAACAUCGACAGCUCCAACUACAACAAAAACAACAACUCAGACUCCCAGCUCUAGUACGACUCCAACCACUACUCCUACAUCAACCUCAACUGGAGUAACACCUACCCAAUGCAGCGGUGAAGAAAAAUGUGUGUGGUCAGACUGGAUCAACCUUGGUCAGCCAACGACUGGCUCUGAAGGUGGAGAUAAUGAAUCCAUUAAGAACAUAAUUUCUGCUGGUUAUCACAUUUGCUCAGCUCCAGAGGCAGUUGAAUGUAGAGCAAAACAAUACCCUGGACUUCAGAUCUCUCAGCUUGGCCAAGACGUGACUUGCAACCCAUCCGUUGGACUGAUUUGUCAAAACAAUAAGCAAGGUCUUCAGCAAAAGUGCUUUGAUUACGAGAUUCGAGUGAAAUGUUGUCAAUGUGGAACCAUAACACACAUCCCCACCACCACAACAACAACAGUUCCUCAUAUCACUACUCCUACACCCACUACUACAACCUCAACAUCGACAGCUCCACCUACAACAAAAACAACAACUCAGACCCCCAGCUCUAGUACGACUCCAACCACUACUCCUACAUCAACCUCAACUGGAGUAACACCUACCCAAUGCAGCGGUGAAGAAAAAUGUGUGUGGUCAGACUGGAUCAACCUUGGUCAGCCAACGACUGGCUCUGAAGGUGGAGAUAAUGAAUCCAUUAAGAACAUCAUUUCUGCUGGUUAUCACAUUUGCUCAGCUCCAGAGGCAGUUGAAUGUAGAGCAAAACAAUACCCUGGACUUCAGAUCUCUCAGCUUGGCCAAGACGUGACUUGCAACCCAUCCGUUGGACUGAUUUGUCAAAACAAUAAGCAAGGUCUUAAGCAAAAGUGCUUUGAUUACGAGAUUCGAGUGAAAUGUUGUCAAUGUGGAACCAUAACACACAUCCCCACCACCACAACAACAACAGUUCCUCAUAUCACUACUCCUACACCCACUACUACAACCUCAACAUCGACAGCUCCACCUACAACAAAAAUAACAACUCAGACUCCCAGCUCUAGUACGACUCCAACCACUACUCCUACAUCAACCUCAACUGGAGUAACACCUACCCAAUGCAGCGGUGAAGAAAAAUGUGUGUGGUCAGACUGGAUCAACCUUGGUCAGCCAACGACUGGCUCUGAAGGUGGAGAUAAUGAAUCCAUUAAGAACAUCAUUUCUGCUGGUUAUCACAUUUGCUCAGCUCCAGAGGCAGUUGAAUGUAGAGCAAAACAAUACCCUGGACUUCAGAUCUCUCAGCUUGGCCAAGAUGUGACUUGCAAUCCAUCUGUUGGACUGAUUUGUCAAAACAAUAAGCAAGGUCUUCAGCAAAAGUGCUUUGAUUACGAGAUUCGAGUGAAAUGUUGUCAAUGUGGAACCACAACACACAUCCCCACCACCACAUCAACGACAGGUCCUCAUAUCACCACUCCUACACCCACUACUACAACCUCAACGUCAACAGCUCCACCUACAACAAAAACAACAACUCUGCCUCCCACCACUACUAUUAUUCCUACAACUCCUUUUUUUGUAAUAACUGGUGAAACAGUGAAACCAUCGAUUCCAGUUACAAUCCCCCUUUAUUGUUCUUCUUGCCAUUUCAAUCAUACUGAUUUCCUCAUUGGCUCAAUUGUUUAUAAUGUCUCUGACCAUGAUGGAUGGUGCUACAUUGGUCUCUGCAACAAGACUUGUGAAAUAGAAACACAUUUGACCAGCUGUGGUACAUCAACUACCCCAGUUACUCCUACUUCACCAACCACUUCACAGCCCCCAACAACAACAGUUCCACAUGUAACAUAUCCAUCUGAGAAGAACUGUGACCAUGACCAUCCUCCAAGACAGAAUGGUGACAGCUGGAAACAUAACCAAUGCACCAACGGAACAUGCGCCAACGGGAAGGUUAUUUAUGAGCAUGUACAUUGUGAGACUCCGAAGCCUAUAGCAUGUGAAAAUAACUAUCCUCCCAUCAAAGUGUAUGACGAAUCUGGAUGCUGUUUCCACUAUGAGUGUCAAUGUAUCUGCUAUGGUUGGGGAGACCCUCACUAUGUCACCUUUGAUGGAACAUACUAUGGCUUCCAAGGAAAUUGUUCUUACGUCUUGGUCAAAGAAAUCCUGCCAAAGUACAACUUCAGUGUUGUAAUCGACAAUUACUAUUGUGAUGCCCCAGAUGGACUUUCCUGUCCUCAGUCUCUGACAAUUUAUUAUCAAUCUUACAAGAUAUUCAUGACCAAGAAGGACGUUGAUGGAGUUUUCACAAAUCUGAUUUAUGUAAACCAGAAACGCAUCAUCCCAGCAUAUGAGACCAAGGACUUCCGCAUCACAGACAACGGAAUUGAGACCCUUUUAGUCAUACCAGCAAUUAAUGCCAAGGUGUCUUUCACUGGUCUUAUGUUUAGCAUAUACCUGCCCUGGGACAAGUUCAGUGGCAACACUGAGGGACAGUGUGGUACAUGUGACAACAACCGGACAGAUGACUGCCGCUUGCCAAAUGGGACUAUAGAUUCAUCUUGUCCUGACAUGGCACACCAAUGGUAUGUUGCUGACCACAAUAACAGUCAGUGCACACCACCACCACCAGAGCCGAUACCAACACCACCACCAGGCUGUGAUCCACCCAUUUGUCAUCUCAUUCAAAGCAAGGUCUUUGAGAGUUGCCAUAAGAUAAUCCCCUACGAGCCAUUCCUUGUGGCAUGUAUCUUUGAUGCGUGUUAUAUGGAUGAUGUUACCAUUGGCUGCACCAGCUUGCAGACCUAUGCUGAUGCAUGUGCACAAGCAGGAGUCUGUAUUGAGUGGAGAAAUUAUACAAAUGGACAAUGUGACUUCACAUGUGAGAAACCCAAGGUUUAUAAAGCCUGCGGUCCACAAGUUGAACCAACCUGUAAUGCCUGGUACAAUUUCAAAUUCAUCCAGACUCAAAAUGAGUUCAGUGUCAUGGGAGAUAUACAAUUGGAGGGAUGUUAUUGUCCCCCUGGGACCACUCUUAUGAGUUCCAGCUCAAACUACUGUAUCCCCAGCUGUGAUAUUUGCCCAUUGCCAAAUGGAGAAUGGAAAGAGGCUAAUGAGACCUGGGUGAGCAACUGCCAGGAGUGUGUGUGUGACCCGUACAGUCUGGAAAUCCAGUGCCAGCCUAUGGCAUGCCAACAUCAGCCUCCUCUCACCUGUGAUCAGGAGGGCCAAGUUAAGGGCGUAGAAACCGUUGACUGUUGUCAAAAGGACAAAUGCGAGUGUGAUGUCACACGAUGCUCUACUUCCAAGAUAACUUGCCCAGUCGGAUUCGAGACAGAGGCAACUAUGGGAGUCUGCUGCCUAACUUAUCAAUGUGUGCCAAAGGAUGUCUGUGUGUUUAACAACACUGAAUAUCAGCCUGGUGCCAAUGUUCCUGGGGACAAGUGUAAGAAUUGUGUGUGUGGUGACAGUGUAGAUGCCCAAAGCCAUCUACAUAUCAUUGAGUGUCAUCCUACUGAAUGUGACACUCACUGCCAGCAGGGCUAUGAUCAUCAAGCCAUUCCUGGGCAGUGUUGUGGGAAGUGUGUACAGACAAGCUGUGUGGUUAUGCUGCCAGAUAACACAACACACACUAUUCAGCCUGGUUCCGUCUGGAUACCAUCGGGAGACAAGUGUGUCAAGUAUGAGUGCGUAAAGAUUCAGGAGCAAUUCAUCCCAAUCGAGGCUAAGACUGUGUGCCCUGUCUUCCACCCAGAAGACUGCAUACCCGGAACUGAAGUCAUUGCUCCAGAUGGUUGCUGCCAUGUCUGUAUUCCAAUAACUAAGCCAUGCAAUGUGACAAAGAGCAGAGUGUACCUGGACAGCAAUGGCUGCAAGUCUGCAAACAAGGUGGAAGUGACAACAUGCAGUGGAUCCUGUGUCACCUACGCCAUGUAUUCUCUUGAGGCCAACAUGAUGGAGCGCUCUUGUACCUGCUGUCGGGAAGAAUCCACCACCAAGAAGGAAGUGGAGAUGAUCUGCCCAGACGGUUCAAAGUUCAACCACUCCUACAUCCACAUCAAUAAAUGUGGCUGCCAGAGGACAGAGUGCGUGACCCCGGAGGAGACCCAGGUCACAAGGUCACGACGCAGGAGAAGAUGAAUGACUCUCCACUACCAUCCCUUUACUGCUUAGAUUAGUUCUCUAUUUAUGUUCAACUUGUUCAUGUUCCUGCAAAGUAAUCUGCUAAACAUAGGAGAAAUUGUUUCAGCUUCAUAUUCAUUUUAUUUAUUUUUUUGCCAAAAUAAAGUUGGCAAUAGGCUAUGCAUAUAUACCACA